AUGAGGAGCAUAGCAUCUUGUUACAAUGAACACGCCAUCAAAGUGUCGGAUUCUUACUGUUCAGGCCCUUCAAACCAACCACAUAUCUCCCCAAACCUUGUCCCUUCGUCUCCAAACACCGUGAAAUGUAUAUACAAAGCUACAAUCCCCUCCCAAAGAAACCUCCUCAUCACCCUCGCAUGGUGCAACAAUCGCCUCGGCCAUGGCCUAACUAUUAACGUCAGCGAUACAGCAUUGAAACUCAACCCCAACACGCACUGUCUCACGAAAAGAAAAGGCAGCAAAACGUUCAGAGCCCGCGGUUCGAAGAUUGAAGUCAUUUGGGAUGUUUCCGAUGCUCGGUACAUGGAUGGACCCGAACCGAGUUCCGUGUUUUCUGUCAUCGUUUUAGUAGACUCUCAACUCUGUUUAUCUCUAGGAGAUAUGGAUCAUAUGAAUGAACAACAAAAUCCAACAAAACCAAAAUUUUCAUUGGUUUCGAGGAGUGAAGUUUAUGUAGGCACCAGCAGCCUCUACUCGACCAAGGCACAGUUCAGUGAUAAAGGAUUGGCUCAUGACAUACUAAUCAAAUGCAACGAAGAAGAAACCGGGAAACAAAAAGGGAUGAGGAACCCUGAAUUGACGGUGGCCAUUGAUGAGAAGAAGAUGGUUCAAGUGAAGAGAUUGAGGUGGAAUUUCAGAGGGAAUCACAUAAUCUUUCUGGAUGGAUUGUUGAUAGAUAUGAUGUGGGAUUUGCAUGAUUGGCUGUUUAACCAGACAUCAGGCUGUGCUGUGUUCAUGUUUAGGACAAGGAGUGGAUUAGAUUGCAGGCUUUGGUUUGAAGAACACAUGGUUAAGGAAAGAGAUGAUGAGUUCUCCUUACUCAUAUGUGCUUGUAAGAAUCCUCACUAA